AUGAAAAAGGUAAAUAGAAAUAAAUCAACAUCGUCUUCAACAGUUUCUACUGCUAAUAUCAUGUCAAUAUGUUCAAAAUCUGAUUUAGAAUUAUUUAGUUCAUAUAGUCAUGAACAAGUGCAUAUUUAUGAUAAACUUUGUUCAAGUAUUUCGUCGAGCUGUGAAAUAGCAUAUUGCACAUCAGAAGGAAUAACAAUAUGCGUACCGCAAACUUAUCAACGACAACUAUCAUCUUCUCAAAAUCUCUCAUCAUCAUCAUCAUCAUUGUCAUCGAUAGUUGUUGCUCGUAUAGAAUAUCCAUUCGAAUCAAAUGAUCAAAUAAAUUCGAUAUCAAUGAAAGCGACAUCAUCUUUUAUUUUUGAAAAACUGAAAGAUAAACAUUUGUCACGUCUCUAUGAAGCAUAUAAACGUCGCCCAACAUCUUUAUCAUCAUUCGAUCGAUUUCUUUGCAAUGAUACAAUAAAAUAUAAAGGUUUUCGUCGUUGUUUAUUUUCUCCAUUUGAUAUAAGAUUAAAUCAAGGUCAGACUAUAUUAGCAACAAUAACAUGUGCACAUGAAGUAUUUAUCUAUGAAAUCAUUUCAUCGUCAAAACGUUUUUUUCUUUCACAAUCAUCAAAUUUAAAAAUUGAUUUAACAAAAUGUUUAUUUGAAAAUAUUCAAUUAGAAAACUAUCUACAAGAUACAAAUUCAGAAGACGAUUAUCGUUUAUUAUAUUUUCAUUUAACAUCACAUAUUUUAUGGAAUCAAACAGGCACAUUAUUAUUUCAACUUCAAUAUUCAGGUCAUAUUAUUAUAUGGAAAUUUUAUGGAUCAACUAUUUUAAAUGAAAAAUCCUUAUCAAUUAUUGAUACGAAAAUUAAUAAACCAUUAACAAUGAUAUGGAACGAACAGUCUCAAAUAUUACUAAUCAUAGGAAAAGAAAAUCAACGAGUUUUAAUUAAACUAGAUCAAAUGAAAUUAUUUUCUAUUAAUAUAAAUCAUCAUAAUGAUUAUAUGAAUACAGAAUAUGCACAAUUAAUUCAAUGGAAUAAAAAUACUUCACUAUUAGUUGAAAGUAAAAUUAAUUAUUGUUUGAUUUAUACAAUUCUUACUGAUGAAAAUCAGCCUUCAACUUAUAAUUGUAAUCAAGUCGGCUAUCGUAUUCUUCCUUCACCCAUUGUUGGCUUUCAAGAAGAACAAUAUUCAUCAUCAUCAUCGAUGAAUCAUAUAUCAAUUUUAAUCGGUUGUGAAGAUGGUUCAAUUCAUUGUCUUAUUAUUUCUCGUGAAUUACCUUUAAAUAUAAUCGAUAUGAAAUUAGUUGCUAGUGGACAAAUGAAAUCUUGCUCUCGUAAACCAUUACUUCUGCGUCAUUUUAAUUUAUCACCGAAUGAAUUACUUCUUGCACGCAUUUUCUAUUCUCCAAUUGUUGCACCUAAUGUUAAAUUUGGUUUUGUUCUAUGCACAUUACAUCGUUGGUUAUCAAAUACUGUGAAAUCAAUGGAAAAUAUUAUUGAAAAUUUUCUAGAAAGAAUCGAUAUUCCAUUGUGGCGUUCAUUUGAUGAAGUUGCUAUUCUUUUAAAUGAAAUAACACAUAACACAAAUCAGAAUUAUCAAAUAAAAAAGCAGACAAAUCAAAAUUUAGUUUUUCUUCAACGAGUAUGUCGUUUGUGUUCGUUAUUAAAUAAUACGAAACAACUAGAAAUAUAUGAAAAUCAACUAUUAAAAAUCUAUCGUUAUCAAUUCUGGACUAUUUUAAAUUCAUUGUUUUCUAAAAUGAUGAAUAAACUUACACCAUUCGAAUUAUUAAUUUAUACAAUUUGUUCUAAUGAUCAACAAAUAUAUUCGUCUACUUUAUUUAUGUGCCCAAUGUGUAAUACUUCAUUAACAAUACUAGCAGAUGAUCUUUUAUUUUCUACGUGUUCUAAUAAACAUAUUUGGCCUCGAUGUUGUCGAACACUUCUACCAUUGUCUUUUGACUCUGCACAAACAUGUUCAUUAUGUGAUCGAACAAUAAUAUUGAUUGAAACAUAUGAUAAAAAUUAUUCCAAUUUUCUUCAAUAUAAAGAUCACGAGCUGAACAUUUUAUUCUCAUCCAUAUGUACGUUUUGUAUGUGA